AUGGCUAAAUCUUCUACCAAGACCUCUAAGGUCACUAAGGCCACUAAAAAGCAGGAGUCCUCUUCUAGCGAGUCUGACUCCUCGAGCUCCAGUUCCAGCUCUAGCUCUUCUAGCUCUGAGUCUGAGUCCAGCUCCGACUCCUCAGACUCUGAGUCUGAAGCUGAGGAGAAGCCAGUUGUCAAGGCCAAGGAGGCCAAGUCCAAGAAGACUGCUAAGGCUGAUAAGUCUAAGAAAGCUGCUGAGGCUGCCAAGUCCAGCUCGAGCUCUUCUGAGUCCAGCUCCGAAUCUGAGUCCUCUGAUUCUUCUUCCGACUCAGACUCUUCUGAUUCCGAUUCUGAUGAUGAAGAGGAGGCUCCAGCUAAGGCUGAGCCAGAGGUGAAGGAGGAGCCAAAGAAGGAGUCUUCCAGCUCCUCGAGCUCUUCUAGCUCUUCCAGCUCUAGCUCCAGCUCCAGCUCCAGCUCUGAGUCCGAUUCCGACUCUGACUCUUCCUCCUCAUCUUCUUCGUCUUCGUCUGAUUCUUCUGAUUCCGACUCUUCUGACUCUGAGUCUGAGACCGAGGACCAGGAGGAAUCCGUCAAGCGUAAGGCUUCUUCUGAGGAGUCUGAGGAGGCUCCAGUCAAGAAGCAGAAGACUGAGGCUACCCCAGAUGUUGCCGCUGAGCCAGCUACUUUGUUCGUCGGUAGAUUGUCUUGGAACGUCGAUGACGAGUGGCUUAAGAGAGAAUUCGAGCCAAUUGGCGGUGUCACUAGCGCUAGAGUUAUGUGGGAGAGAGCUACUGGUAAGUCUAGAGGUUACGGUUACGUUGACUUCGAGAGCAAGGCCGCUGCUGAGAAGGCUUUGGCUGAAUACCAGGGUAGAGAAAUCGACGGUAGACCAGUCAACUUGGACAUGUCUUCCGGUAAGCCUCAGACCCCAAGAACCCAGGACAGAGCCAAGCAGUACGGUGAUGUUCCAUCUGCUCCAUCUGACACUUUGUUCAUUGGUAACUUGUCCUUCAAUGCUUCCAGAGACAAGUUGUUCGAGGUUUUCGGUGAGCACGGUAGCGUCAUCUCUUGUCGUGUUCCUACUCACCCAGACACUCAGCAGCCAAAGGGUUUCGGUUACGUCCAGUACUCCUCUGUUGAGGAGGCCCAGGGUGCUUUGAACGCUUUGAACGGUGAAUACAUCGAGGGUCGUCCAUGUAGAUUGGACUUCUCCACGCCAAAGGACCCAUCUUCCAGACCAGGUUCUGCCAGAGGUGGCCGUGGUGGAUUCGGUGGCCGUGGUGGUGGUAACGGUUUUGGUGGCCGUGGCGGUAACCGUGGUGGAUUUGGCGGUCGUGAGAGAUCAGCCACUCCAACCAGAACUGGUCCAAACAGUGCUCAGUUCCAGGGUACCAAGAAGACUUUCGACUAA